UAUAAAAACAAGUUGCAAACUUAAAUGCUUCUUCUCGUCUGAUAUCUGAUCAAAUAGAUCAGACUUUAGAGUUUUGACUUGCAUUUUAAUGAGACGUUCAUGUGAUAAUCAGUUCAACAACCCGUAACAAGAUGAUUGAAUGAGAAAAAAGUUUCAUGAUUCUUGCCUGAUAUCCCCACACUUAUAACCGAGAAUGUACAACGAAUGUGUACUUUUGUAAUCGCCUUCUGUCAAAAUCAUUGCAAAAUUUUCAGUGCUGUGAAUCGGAUGUGAGACAUUUUUCUUUGAAAAGUUGAAAUUUUACAACUCCAAAAUAUGCAAUAUUGACCCCCGCGGUCGAAGAUACAACAACCCUUGUGGUGCAUUACUUUACAAGCACAAAAAUGAAAAACAGAAAGACUAUUUGUUGGCUACUGGUCGUGAUUGGUUGGACGGUUCUGGUGAAUUCAGGGGAAGUGUCGACGAAUGGGGUUUCCCAAAACAAUGCACUGAAUGCGACGGUUUCGCAAAUGAUUCAAGCACUGGGAGACACCCAUGGUGAUAGCAGCCAGGAGCAUUCGAAACGGGGUCGAAUCUUCGCACGGAAAGGAGUUGAUAUAAAUGGCAUAACGUCGACCUCGGCACCAAAUGUUGAAACAGCGCUGAAAGCUAGCGAUGCGAAACAAUCAAGCAACGUUACGACGGCAGCUUCGACGCCGCUAUCGCCGAUGCCUCAGGUAAACAACACAGAUAAUCCAGUUGUAGCAAACCAUAAUGCUACAGCCAACUUGACGACGCUUGCGGAAACAAAUGCAACUGCAGUGCCACCACCUGCUGCGAUCAAUGCAACUACAAGCAAUAAUGCAUCUGCGGUGGUAACAAAUUCUUCCUCCACUGCGACUACGAAUUCAACAACGUCCACGACGCCGCCGUCAACGACAACAACGUCAACGUCGACUACCACCACCAGCACGACAACAACAACAACAACAUCAACCACAACAAAACCUCCAAAAAAGCCAAAAAUCACCUACUCGGUCGACGACGAACCGAAACUUCUCCAAGCGGCCAAACCCGGCUACAACACGGGAUCCACCGUCAGCGAUGCCAACGGACGCCUCCACGUGGAGGAACCCCUGGCCGAGCUCUCCCAGGAGUACAUCCCGCCGGCGUUGAUGGGACCGCCCCGUGGCCACCGGGAAUACGUCGUCCCGGUGGUGACCCUGAUCUUCGCCAUCCCGCUCCUGAUGGGACUGUUUCUGCUGUCGUACCGGCGGGCGAAGGAGUUCUGGCUGACGCGGCACUACCGCCGGAUGGACUUCCUCGUGGACGGGAUGUACAACUACUAGUUGGGAACUGGCAUUUUGGAAGCAGGUUCGUGCAGUGGUCAAUGGUCACCUCAUCGCAGAAUAGUUUUUUUGUCUGACAAUAAAUUUCGGAUUUCUUUUUUUCUUGAAAUGUGCAAUACACCAAUAUCCGGUGUUCGUUGACUGUUGCACGCGAUCUGCUUUAAAUUCGCAUUUCUAUCCAAGCAACCGUGCGGAAGGUGGCGAAGAUUUUCCUGCCAAUAAGCAAGUUCUGAUUUUUUUAUUAAAAAUUUUAACAUUUUUAUUUCAAAUCUCUUUAAAAACUAUACUAGCCUUAGCUAAACAUACCCUUGCUCGUAGUAACUACGUAAUUGGACAAUGCUCACUCACACAGGUAUUCAAUUAAAUAAGCAAAAAUAAUCGGAAAAAUGUAAAUCAAGUAGAAAUCGGAAUAAUCUUAUUACUUUAGGAGCGAAGUGCCUUUUCGAUAAAGAAUAAUACGUACGUUAGGUGGAAUGUAAUCCGUAAACAAAGACAAACUAGCCAAAUGUUUAAAAAUGAUGUCUUCUUUGAUAACAACAAAAAAUAAUGUGUAAAAAAACGUUAGACUCCAUUAUUUUGAAUCGAUUUUCCUCCUAUCUCCAAAGUUCGAGUAGAAGAGUAAGGCACUCAAUUGGCAGAUUUUUGGUGGAAUUUGUAUUAAGAAAUUCAAAAUCAAGACACAGGGAUGCAAUGGAAACUAUCUGAAAAAGUUGUGAUUUGUUAUUGUUUUUUUAUAUAUCUAUUGUAUGAAAUAAUUUGUAGAGAGUGGUACUAAUAAACGAUAAUUUGAAUAA